UCACCCGAUCACAAGCGCAGGGGAACAACCGGAAGAAAGCUGUCUUGUCGUGAUUGUGGGCGAAAUUGGUUUAAGUUACUAACUUUUUGAUUAUUCGUGGGAUAUCCUGCAUCUCGUACUCUGUUGGCCUAAUCUCGGUGAAAAUGACGGACCGGUACAACAUCCACAGUCAGCUGGAACAUCUUCAGUCCAAGUACAUCGGAACAGGACAUGCCGACACCAGCAAGUGGGAAUGGUUGGUCAACCAGCACCGUGACUCUUACUGCUCCUACAUGGGACACUUUGACCUGCUCAAUUACUUCUCUGUUGCUGAGAACGAGAGCAAAGCACGCGUUCGCUUUAACUUGAUGGAGAAGAUGCUGCAGCCAUGUGGGCCUCCAGCAGACAAACCAGAUGAUGCUUAAAGUACUAUGGCUGUGGUAGAUUUUUUUUUCUCCCCUUGGCUCAUUUGAGUUCAAUAACAUGAUGUCUGAAAAAAAAAUGUAUGAACCCUUUAAACAACAGAAAAUAAUUUACCUGGCAGCAGUUAAAUGAGGUGCUUUUCUUUUAACAGCUUAUCGAGAAGAGAAGGGCCUGUUUAAUGACUGUUAACUAGAAAAGUUAAUGGAAAGCAAGUUCAUGUGGCUCACAACCAUCUGUGAAAUUUUUGUUUUGAGUGAUUUUGAUCUGUUCUUGAUGCAAGGUUUUUUGUCAUUAAUAAAACUUAAAUGCUGUUUUCUA